CGGGCAAUGGCUACUAUGAUAUUGGGGAAACUAAAACCGCCGGCUUACAAAAAGAGUACAAGGUUACGGAGGCCCAGUUAAAAUAGGGCUUUUGGUUUCGAAACUUUUAAUUCUUUCAAAGUCCAGUCAUUUUGCAGAGAAAACCUCCACUUUCUUCUGCCAAACAAAGAAACAAAGGUUGUACAUAGCAAUACUUCGGGAAAUUUGUUGAACUGAACUAAAAAAAAAGUAUUAGGUAUCUAAUCUAGUAGAUAGUGACAUUUAAAAUGGAAGAAUCGCCUACUCUUGGGAAAAGGAAAACAGCCAAAGAAGAUUCAGGUGUCACUGAAACCCCUAAGCGGCGGAAUUUGAUACGCUCAUGUGUACAUGAGGUGGCUGUCCCUAGUGGGUAUGCUUCAAGUAAAGAUGAGUUGAUUUUUGGGACACUCUCCAAUCCAGUUUUCACUGGUGAGAUGGCAAAAACUUACAAGUUCGAGCUUGAUCCUUUUCAGCGAGUGUCUGUUGCGUGCUUGGAAAGACAUGAGUCUGUUCUUGUCUCAGCACAUACGUCUGCUGGUAAGACUGCAGUUGCUGAGUAUGCAAUAGCAAUGGCAUUUAGAGAUAAGCAGAGGGUUAUAUAUACUUCACCCUUGAAGGCUUUGAGUAACCAGAAGUAUAGGGAGUUACAUCAGGAGUUUACAGAUGUUGGGUUGAUGACAGGCGAUGUUACCCUGUCACCUAAUGCUAGUUGUUUAGUCAUGACUACAGAAAUCCUUAGGGGAAUGCUUUAUAGGGGAUCUGAGGUUUUGAAAGAGGUUGCUUGGGUAAUUUUUGAUGAAAUUCAUUACAUGAAAGAUAGGGAAAGAGGAGUUGUUUGGGAAGAGAGUAUAAUAUUUUUGCCACCAGCUAUCAAGAUGGUUUUCCUUUCAGCAACAAUGUCCAAUGCCACAGAGUUUGCAGAGUGGAUUUGUCAUCUGCACAAACAGCCUUGUCAUGUGGUUUACACAGAUUUCCGACCGACUCCUUUACAGCAUUAUGUUUUUCCAAUAGGUGGUAGUGGGUUGUAUCUUGUGGUGGAUGAGAACGAACAAUUUAGGGAGGAUAAUUUUUUCAAGCUUCAGGAUACUUUCUCAAAGCAGAAAGUGGGUGAUGGAAGCAGGAGUGAAAGUGGAAAAGCAAGUGGAAGAAUGGCUAAAGGUGGCAGUGGUUCUGGAGGUUCUGACAUAUACAAAAUUGUGAAGAUGAUUAUGGAACGGAAAUUUCAGCCAGUUAUUGUUUUCAGCUUCAGUAGAAGAGAAUGUGAACAACAUGCAAUGUCUAUGUCUAAACUUGAUUUUAAUACACCAGAGGAGAAGGAUGAUGUUGAACAAGUUUUUCAAAAUGCAGUGCUCUGCUUGAAUGAGGAGGACAGAAAUUUACCAGCUAUCGAGUUGAUGUUGCCUCUACUUAAGCGAGGCAUUGCUGUUCAUCAUUCUGGCCUACUUCCAGUAAUCAAAGAAUUGGUUGAGCUUCUCUUCCAGGAAGGUCUUGUAAAGGCCCUCUUUGCCACUGAGACAUUUGCCAUGGGUUUAAACAUGCCUGCCAAAACUGUUGUCUUCACAGCUGUUAAGAAGUGGGAUGGUGAUAGUCAUCGUUUCAUUGGCUCAGGUGAGUAUAUACAGAUGAGUGGAAGGGCUGGGCGCCGUGGCAAAGAUGAGCGUGGUAUUUGUAUUAUAAUGAUUGAUGAGCAGAUGGAGAUGAAUACGCUCAGGGACAUGGUUUUGGGUAAACCAGCUCCUUUAGUUAGUACUUUCAGAUUGAGCUACUAUUCGAUUUUAAAUUUAAUGAGCCGUGCUGAAGGCCAGUUCACUGCUGAACAUGUGAUAAGAAAUUCAUUUCAUCAAUUCCAGUAUGAGAAGGCUUUGCCUGAUAUGGGCAAUAAAGUUUCAAAGCUGGAAGAAGAAGCUGCAUUGCUUGAAGCUUCUGGAGAGGCUGAAGUUGCUGAGUUUCAUAAGCUGAAACUUGAGAUAGCCCAACACGAGAAGAAGCUGAUGUCAGAGAUAACUAGGCCUGAAAGAGUUCUUUAUUAUCUUGGUUCUGGUCGGCUGGUCAAGGUAAGAGAAGGUGGAACCGAUUGGGGCUGGGGAGUUGUAGUUAAUGUUGUUAAAAAGCCCUCGGCAGGCAUAGGUACAUUGCCCUCUCGUGGUGGUGGCUAUAUAGUGGAUACUCUACUUCAUUGCUCACCUGGUUCAAGUGAGAAUGGUUCACGGCCAAAACCAUGUCCACCUCGUCCUGGAGAAAAGGGUGAAAUGCAUGUGGUCCCUGUUCAGUUGCCCUUAAUUUCUGCUCUAAGCAAAAUCAGAAUAUCUGUUCCUCCUGACCUACGGCCAUUGGAAGCAAGGCAAAGCAUACUUCUUGCUGUUCAGGAACUAGAGUCUCGGUUCCCUCAAGGGCUUCCAAAGCUUAAUCCUGUAAAGGACAUGAAGAUUGAAGAUCCUGAAAUUGUUGAAUUGGUCAAUCAAAUUGAAGAACUUGAACACAAGUUGUUUGUUCAUCCGAUGAACAAGUCUGAGGAUGUGAAUCAAAUUAGAUGUUUCCAAAGGAAAGCAGAAGUGAAUCAUGAGAUUCAGCAACUUAAGUCAAAAAUGCGUGAUUCCCAGAUUCAAAAAUUCCGUGAUGAACUCAAAAACCGUUCACGGGUCUUGAAAAAGCUUGGCCAUAUUGAUGCAGAUGGAGUUGUACAGUUGAAGGGACGAGCAGCUUGCUUGAUUGACACAGGAGAUGAACUCCUUGUCACUGAACUGAUGUUUAAUGGUACAUUCAAUGAUCUUGAUCAUCACCAAGUUGCAGCCCUGGCUAGUUGUUUCAUUCCAGUUGACAAAUCAAGUGAGCAAAUAAAUUUAAGAACGGAGCUUGCCAAACCAUUACAGCAACUUCAAGAGAGUGCUAGAAAAAUUGCAGAGAUACAACACGAAUGCAAAUUGGAAGUAAAUGUUGAUGAGUAUGUGGAGUCAACUGUGAGGCCAUUUUUGAUGGACGUGAUUUACUGUUGGUCAAAGGGUGCUAGCUUUGCUGAGGUUAUACAAAUGACUGAUAUAUUUGAGGGCAGUAUCAUUAGGAGUGCUAGGAGGCUUGAUGAGUUUCUGAACCAGUUGCUUGCUGCUGCUCGGGCAGUUGGAGAAGCCACUUUGGAGAAAAAAUUUGCAGCUGCUAGUGAAAGCCUUCGUAGAGGCAUUAUGUUUGCAAAUUCCCUUUAUUUGUAAAAUAUUUUUUUGUAGGCUGUUAUACACAUGGAGUUGCAGCAACCAUACGCUUAAAAGUGUUUUGGAAAGCAGACUGGAACAUGCACAAUUUGCCGCUUCUCUUACUCACAAGGCAUCCAUGAUCCAUUACCUUAUUCUUCUUGUUCGGAGUCGUGCAGAGAUGGAAAGUUGUGGGUUCGUCUCAGCAUUAGCCCGUUCCAGUUGCCCAUAUCCAAAUGCAGAAAAAUUCAUCUGCUUUUACAUGAGGAAACGUCCACAUUGGCCAUCUUAUUCGCAUUUAAUCUGAGAUGUUAUUUGUAUUCAAACAAACACCAUUUCACACAUUUCUAACCCUUUGAUUUGGUCUUGUAUUUAGUUACGCUAAAUGAAUUUACGACAAUGAAUUAAAAUAAAAAACCUUCUGCUGUUUGAUUUA